AGUGCUUUAUGGAAUGCGCAUCGGUUUCAGUGCUUGUGCAUGUGUGAGUUGACCGCAUAUUUAUUUCGUCACACUUUAACGACAUCGUGUCGUUGCUUUCGCCCAUCACAUACUCGAGUACAGUGCUGACGACAACAAGUUGCUGUGGAAGAAAUUGAGAGAAAACAAAAAGAUUUUUUGUGGCAGGAUUUUUGCGAUUUUCUCUGCCUAAAAAUGAGUUCUAUACUCAUUGAGCAUUUGAAAAGCCGACCGAUUGCACCAAUUUAUGACGCAUUAAAUGAAAAAUAUCACUUGACUGUGCUGAAGAUGUUGUGUGUUAUCGAUUAUCACAUCGAUAUUUCGGGAAUGUAUGCAGAAAUCGAUAAGAUGCCGAAACUGUUGUCGCAAUUGCUUACAUCGAAAAAUUCAUUUGCUUCGUUCAAGUACUACAGCUAUAAGCUGCCAACGAAUGUGAAAAUUGAAAAUAAAUUGUUAAAGUGCAAGCACUGUGAAUUAUUGGCACCAUAUUCAACCACUUUGGAGCAUAUGGCAUUUUGUCACGACUUCCACGUCAACGUGAAUAUCUGUGUGUGGUGUGAAAAGUGUGAUUAUCACCAACAUUCGUUGGAAGAAUGCUACGAAGCUUACAUGGCAAAACACCAAUUCAGCAGCACCUUUUAUCCACCGGUGAUCCCACAAUUUUACAGAAUGCUGAAAAGGGUGGCGAAGAAAUUGCGCGUAAAUAUAACGCACAGUCAAUACUUUAAGAAUGCGUCGAAUAAGCAUUUGGAGACCAUUCCGCUAGAUGAAGAUGAUGAUUCCAUGAGCCGUGAUAUCAUUGUUUUCACGGCAAAACGUACAUCAAGAGUUUUGGAUGCAAAUGAGUUGGAAACAAAAUUUCAAAAGGCAAUGCAAUACUUUCACAUCAAUUUUUGCCAUUUUAAUGACGGCAACAUCAACGCAAUUCCAUCGGCAUCACGUUUUAAGAAUACCGGCAACAACAAUGCAUCGAUGUGGAAUGUAUUUGGUCCAUCGUCGACAACGAACGGAAGUACACGCAAUUUUGGCACAGACGAAGUCACAUUUGAGACAAAUCAACCAUCAACUAGUUUUGAAUCGGCCAAUUCAACGUCGCAAUUCAAUGUACCGCAUUCAUCGACAUCGAACUUUUACUCGAUGACACCAUCGCCACAACCCCAAUCACCAAUUUUCUCUGAAGUGCCGUCAGGAGAACAGAACUUUUCUCAUUUCAUCGGAUCGGUUCUACACAACAUCCGCGAUCAAGCAUUGCGAAAACGUGCCAAGUUGGAAAUUCAAAGCAUUGCUUUCAAAUAUUGCGCUGAAGAUGCCAACAAACAAUUGACAGAAGAAACUUACUUUUACUGAAUGUUCGCGUUCUUCUUAUUCAUUAUUUCAUUU